CCAAAAUCUAAAAUCGGGGAACCAUCCCUCUUAUCCCCAAAAUCUAAAGUAGAAAUUGUGCCUCUCACAAACUUUGUCGCUGCUGUCCGGCCACCGCCACCGCCACCGCCACCGCCCUGCUGUUGCUUGAGUCUUGAGUGAAAAAAUGAAAAGGAAAGCAUCAGGAACAUCUUCAACUGUAAAUGAGUCCAUUGAUACCCCUCCACCUAGCUCUUCUCCUACGAUGCUAACUGAAGCUGAUUUGAAUGAUCUGCCAUGGGAUCCAUCCGAGAGAAAAAGAAUUUCAGAGUAUCACCCUGAUCAAAGAGACGAGAUAAGAAAACAAUAUCUAAUUAAAGGACCUUGUCAACCACGUGGACAUACAUUUCCAUGGAGAGUAAUAGGAAACAAGAAAAGACGUUUCAACCCAGCUUGGUUUAAUCAAUUUAGUGAUUGGUUGGAGUACAGUGUGAAAGUAGAUAAAGCCUUUUGCUUAUGUUGUUACCUGUUUAAAGACCAUGUUUCAAAACAAGGUGGAUGUGAUACUUUUGUGACAGAAGGCUUUAACAGUUGGAAUAAAACUGAGAGACUUAGUCUUCAUAUGGGCAAUGUUAACAGCUUACACAAUAAAGCACUUAAGAAAUGUGAAGAGUUUAUGAAACAAGAUGAAUCUAUUGCUAUUGCCAUUCAGAACAAAAACAAUUUUGUCAAGAAUGGGUAUCAAAUUCAAUCAAGUCCUUCUAAAUCCACUACUUCUCGCAACAAUACAGCUCUUCUUGUAAUCGAUAUGCAGAAUGAUUUCGUGUUGGAGGAUGCGCCAUUGCGCGUUGAUGGUGGCCUUGCUGUAGUUCCUAAUGUUAUCAAGGCAGUUGAGGUUGCUAGACAACGUGGCUUCCUUGUUGUUUGGGUUGUAAGGGAGCAUGACCCAAUGGGAAGAGAUGUUGAGGUGUUCAGGAGGCAUUUAUAUGGUGAUGGAAAAGCAAAGCCUACUUCAAAAGGGAGCAAAGGGGCAGAGCUUGUUGAUGGUCUUGUUAUGAAAGAAGAAGAUUAUAAGGUGGUGAAGACAAGGUUUAGUGCCUUCUUUGCUACAAAUCUUCAUUCAUUUCUUCAAGGAGCAGGGAUUGAUAGUUUAGUUGUUGUUGGUGUUCAAACUCCAAACUGUGUAAGGCAGAGUGUUUUUGAUGCUGUGGAGCUUGAUUACAAAUCUGUUACAGUUAUUGUUGAUGCCACAGCUGCUGCUACACCUGAUGUACAUGCUGCCAGCCUCUGGCUAAUGAAAUGGCAAGUAACAAAAUGGAAGGAAUCACAUUCCAUAAGGGGGAAACCAAUGGAUUCAACCAUUUCAUUUCUUAUCUGAUUUUCGCGUACAAAAAACUCCCUUGGAAUGGAAGGAACAACAUAAGCAAAUGUUAAUGACAUGAAGAAUAUAGGAGUUGCAGCUCCAACACUUAAAGAAUGGUGCGAGUCCAGUAGCUCCAACACUUAGAGAAUCGUGCUAAUAUUAAAAUAUUAUUUUCAUUUCUUUUGAGCGUAUGUCAAUAUGUAUAUAUACACAUAAUUGAAGGGUUAUAUCUUUUCAAAUCAAUAUGGUUGUAAUGGCCUUCCAUUGAUUAUCUAUUAAUGCCUUGUACUUUUGAUUUCCUUUUACCAUUUGGACAUUCUGUGCAGUGUGCACUUAAUAAUUAGUGGCAG